AUGGCGUUUGACGAAGAUAUGAAAAUGGCGUCUUUCCUUAGAGAGGAGGAAGAAGAAGAGCAGCACUAUUCAUUGUCGAGGCUCUCCGUAUGUCGCAACUACGACGGGGAUGAAGCCGACGGAGAACCCUCUGAUUCCGAAGAGAAGAUUGUCGUCGGAGGAGGAGAAUUUUCAGAUUCCGAUAAAGGAUCAACGGGGUGUCAAUCGCUUCCGGCGACGCCACCGAGACGGAGACGGCGGAGAGGUUUGGCGUUGAGUUCACCGGUUUCCGGCGAUAAAGCUUACGCGAGCGAGAACGAAGCCGGAAAGGAGAAACAGGGGAAUAGUAACAAUCAGAGGAGGAGGAGGAAAUUGAGACCGGACUAUCCACCGUGGGUCGAUAGUAUGCGGAGGAGCUACGUCGAUGAGCAGAGCAGCGGUCACGGUUGUUACGGAGGAGGAGUGGUGGUGGUGACGAGGCCGAUAGGAGGAGGAAGGCCAUUGUGUAUGGAUUUAGGGGAAGUCAAAGCUUGUAAAGAUUUAGGAUUUGAGCUUGAACCGGGUCGGGUUUCGUAUUCCGGGUCAACGAUGGAUACUAGUAGUGGCGGCAAUUCUCCUAUCUCCUCUAACCACCGUAUCUCCAGUCCCGGGGAUGAUCCAAAAGAAGUGAAAGCGAGACUAAAAGCGUGGGCUCAAGCUGUGGCUUUUGUAUCUACUACUCAUCACCAACCUCCUUGUUCUUUAUGA